AUGAGCGUGAUCACGCAAGCUGGCAUGACUCCUGUUGGUCGCUCAAAAAGACGCGCUCUCCCGCAAUGCGUCAGUGCCUGCACACACAUCAGAAUGGACCGCAUCUACGGAAACUGGUCCUGUGAUACGUGUCGCAAUCCUUCUCCCUUUGGUUGGCUCUACCACUGCACUUCUGAUGUCCCAGAGGUGGGAGACUAUGCCUUUAUCAAGUCCUUGACACACCCUGUCAGCCCAGCUGGAGAAGAACUUCGUCAACUGGGUCUUAGCGAGUCUGUCAUCAAGGAAUUUGAGAAGGGUGGUUACACCGACGACCAGGUUCAGAAACUCAUUCGCCAGAAGCAACACUUGCAACAAGUCUUGGAAAGGGCCACCAAGCCCUUGCCCUCUAUCAACCACAAGGCACCCGAAUAUACCAGCACUAUAUCAGAUGACGUCCGCUGCGACUUCAAAGUCUGUCAGCGCUGCGGUCCUGUACGCAAGGAGCGUUGCUGGAUCUCGUUCGAGGCAGUCUUCGAAGAUGAAGUCAGACCCAUCGACAACUUCGAACUCACAGAGGGUCUCCCCGUGAAGGAUGCCCGCAUUGCAAAGACCCUUGGACUUUGUACUCCCGUCAAGAUGGUGCCCUCUCCCGUUUGGGGCGAAUCUCCUAUUGGCUCACCAGCCCACUCUGCAUCGUCAGGCUACACAAGCGAUGGUUUCUCUACUGAUGAUGAUUUCGAUGACGAAAGCUGCGAAGACGCUCUGUCAUCGGUUUCUCAUGAGGGUGAAGCUGGCCUUGAGACACGCGCUGAAUACGAAAUGCCUCUCGUCACUCUCAGAGACCCUCGCCACGCUCACGCACCCCGCUCCACCAUCAGACUUGUCUCCGACUCUGCAUCUCAUCGCAUGCGCCGUACCUCGACCGCCACCAACGACGACUAUGACGAUUCACCUUCUCACUCAUAUACUACGACCUCGUCGAUCAGCCUCCCUACCAUCCCCACGACUACAUCAUACACAAUUCUGCCUGGCUGUGAAGAGACUGUUGAAGAGCUGAGAGCCCAGUACUCACUCAAAGCCAUGACAGAUCCCGAAUGCUACUCUGGCCAUUCCUUCGACUUCGCCCCCUCCGUGUCGAGCAGCUCCAGUGUCGGUUCAGAGGUUGCUGUCGCCGGAGGCUUCGCCUUGACUGAAGAAGCCAUGGACAACCACACUCCCGACUUGUUCACCAGAGUCUAG